UAGACUGUGUCACAACUAGAAACAAAUACAGAUGGCUUAAAAAUGAGUAGAAAACCUGUUCACAAUCAGCAAGAAUAGGGCCUCACAAACCUAGGGAGAUUAUCAAACUGGGGAAAGUGACGGGAGGCAGCCAUAGCAGUUAAAAUUGGAAUAAUAGUGCUAUAACAAUGUAGUGUGAUAUUCUACCCAGUCUUGUGAAAAGUCAUGUACCUUUGCAGCCCCAUCGUCACCCCUGUCUUGGAGUGCUUUUGACUCUGGCCUACUAAGAUGAGUGGUGUUUACCUGGAGAGAAAAAACAGAGGCUGGACUAUAGCACAGCUAGAUAGAUUAUCACACCGGUGAAAGUGACAGGAGCAUACAUUUUCCAAAAAGGGAGUCUUCAUUAUUUCUUUAGAACAUGAUCCCCUUAUUUUCAUUUGCAGAUUUCCAUGGCUCAUCCCUCAUUGUUCUCUUUCCUGUUUGCUAUGGAACGUGGUGCCCAGGCUCCUAUAUAUUUUCAGUGCUAAUACACUGGAUACAUCUGCCUUUCGAAUCCAGCCUAUGAAAAGUUCAGGUGAAAACUAUAAUAGUCAAGACCAAAUCCCAGGUCAGAAUGUUCCACUGUUGUUGCUGCCACUCCUCUCCUCUCUUUUCUUUCACACCAAGGUUUAUGUUUGUUUGUUUUGUAGAUAACUGCCAAGAUCAUACCAUACAUUUUAUAUGGACCUUUGCAAUGACAGGCGAACCUGUGGUCCUGAAUUGCCCUCCUUUCAGAUACAAACACAUGGAUGCUUCUGGUCUGCUCUUUAACCUCACCUGGUACAAAAAUGGCUCAACAGAAAUGAUUUCUUCGGAAAGCAGAGGAAACAGAAUAUGGUCACAUGGUGAUGCUCUCUGGUUUUUACCAGCUUCUCUGGAGGACUCUGGGGAGUAUAUCUGCACCCAAAGGAAUUCAACUUAUUGUUCUGAUGUGUCGCUUCAUCUAAUAAUUGUCAAUAAAAGUGCUGCACAAGAUAUUUCCUACCCACAGAAGGCCUUUGAGUCAAGUUCUGGACAUCUUGUUUGUCCUGAUCUGGAAGAUUUUAUACAGGAUACAGAGUAUGAACUGAGAUGGUACAAGGACUCUACACUUCUGAAUAUAGACAAUAAAAAGUUUAAAACUACAAAGGGCACCAAUUACCUCACAAUUCUUUCAGUGUCAAUGGAUGAUUCAGGCUUCUAUACUUGUCAAAUGACCUUUGAGCAUGAAACUGUGAAAUACAACAUCACCAGGACCAUUCAGCUACAGAUACUUGGUCAGAAAAAGAAAAGCAUACCCAUGAUUGUCUAUCCAACUCAAAAGGUUACACUUGCAGUUCUUGAUUCUCGACUGACCAUCCCAUGUAAAGUGUUUGUUGGAGCAAACAGCCAUACUUAUACUGAUGUCUGGUGGCUAGCCAACAAAAGUUAUAUUGGUACAAUGUAUAAACAGGGGCGAGUUACAGAAGGCGAACCUCUAAAAUUUUUAGAAAAUGACAACAAUUACGUUGAGGUGCCACUGAUUUUUGACUCUGUCAAGGAAAUGGAUUUCAAUACAGAUUUUACGUGUGUUGCUCAGAAUAGACUUGGGCAUCAAGUGCAGGCAACACAAGUCAAGCCGGAAGACCGCCCUUUGUCUUGGUAUGUGGCAGUCAUCCCUGUAGCUUUAGCUGCUGCAGUUGUGGGAGGAGUGUGUAUGUAUAGAUGCUGGAGGCAAAGAUAUGCCCGAGGAUAUACUCUAGCUCCUGCUCAGUCCUAAAGAACAACAUUUUCUUUAAUUUCCCAAAAACAUAUCAGAAGAUCUGCUGGCUGAAACUAGAAAUUCUGAAGAAAUGGAGUAGUAACUUUGACAGAAAACCCAGACACUAUUUCUUACAAUGGUAAAAAUACAAUUGACUAAAAACAUUGCAGUUUCUUGCCUUUAGUUGUACUUUCCCAAACCCUGCUAAAUAAGAUGGACUUCCUCAUCUUAUUUAAUGGUUAAGCCUGGAAGAAGAACUUUUCAUAUAGAAACAUCUUGCAGAGACUAUGUUUAAAAUUAGGAACAUGGAAUUAACACCACCAUCAACAACAAAUGUAGAUCAGAUUCAAAGUAGUGAUGAAAAGAAUAUGAAAUAUUUGAAAAUGGUCAAAACUCAUAUUUUUCAAGUGUUGAAAAACCCCGAUGAGAAGAAUCCUGGAAGGACAAUAAUUUUCACAGUUUGGGACUUAUUAUGCACAAAAUUUGCAUGUGGUUGUUUUGCUCAGGAAACAACAUUGUAUGAUACUUCUAGCUAAACUACCCAAAUUGAUUUAUCUGUUCUUCCACUGACUCUCCUGAUGGUCCUUUGGAACUAAUUUGAUCUGUACUGACCCUUGGUUAUAGAAUUGGGAACUACGUAUAUUGU